UGAGUGAGGGGGGGGGGCAGAACUCCCCCCCCCCUCCCUUUUAAAUACCUCACAGUGCUUCAUUAAAACAAUAACAACUAUAAAUUGAACGAUACAAUCCGCGGAAUCCUGUGGCGUUUCUUAUCGGGAUGCCACGCAGAUCUCACGCGCCGUCUGCUGGACGACGCCGUAAAGGAAAAAGUAGAUUGGAGGUGGAAAAAAAAGGCCAGCCGACUGAAAGAUACAGAAAAGAGAGAGAGAGCGCUUUCCUACCCCCCGGUGUAAUAAAGGAAAUGCCCAUCGCGGCUGCCGGUGCUCCGCCGUCGACUCCCGAACCCCGCACGCGCCCCCGUGUCCCCGCCGGCGCCGAGCGCGUGCCCAAGCGCGAGUACGCCGCCCCGGAGGCGGCCCUGGUGGCGGACCCUUCUCGCCCCUCACACCCGUCUCCCCCUGUGCUCUCGUCCCAGCUCAUGGCCACUGAGCCGCCCAGGACUCGGUCCCGCUCGCGCUCCGGGUUCUACCAGAGCACCGGCGCAAACGGAGGCGCCGGGAGUUCGGGCGCAAACCUGCACCAUCAUCUUCAUCAUCAACAGCAGCCUCAGCAUCAACCGCACCAGCUUAGCGGGGCCUGCGCGAUGCUUGGGGGUCACGCCCACACCGAGAACCUGCGCCCUCCUGCUGGGAUGCUUUCCCCAGGCGGGCAUCGGCAGCCCGGAGCGCACAGGAGCCCCGGGGGGGCAGGAGCCAUGGGAGGAGUGUAUCACUAUCAUUCCGAGCCGUCCUGCGCAGAUGCCACAGAUAAGACAGAAGACUCCCCCAGUCCUAAACGCCAGAGGCUCUCGCAGCAGUCUGUAUUAGAUCUGGCCGCAGCUCCGCCCUCCACGCCGUCUCCGCCCAUCAGACCGUGGGAGCUCCCGCCCAGUCGCCGACCACACCCCUAUCCUCACUCACACUACCACUCCGAGCGCUGUCACACGCCCGUCAGAAACAGACGCAGCCCUCCAGCUCGACGUCAGCGAGCACGACGUGAACGCCUCUCCAGACUCCACCACGGCUCCCCUGGUGGUCCUCAGGACGAGAACUAUCGACACCCACCUCACCCUCACACACACCCUCUUCACUCGUACGGCCCCGCCAUGCCCCCUCACCCGCCGGCGGGCACCGACGAGCCCCGCGCCUUCCACCCUCCUGCUCUGUCGCCACGGUUACUGCAUCCGCAGCAGCAAGGCACCAUGGUCAUGGACCUCCACGAGCAGCUUCCUCAGGGUACAGUCCCCGUAUCGUACACAGUGUCUCCAGUGGCAGCCCAUGCCCUCCCGCCCCCUCUCUGUACGGGACAGCAUAUCCCAGCAUGCUCCUCUCAGCAGCAGGUGCCUGCCUGCUCGGUGGUGUUCAGCAGUCAGCAGCACUACCCCGUCUGCCCACCUCCGAUGCUGCCUGCUUGUUCAGUGCAGCACCUGCCCGUGCCGUACGCAUUUCCGUCACUGCUUUCCAGCGAUUCCACUUUCCUCCUCCACCCCCCACACCACCUCUCGCACCAUCACCACCCGCCGCACUUGGCCCCUCCUACACACUUUCUGCCCUUCCAGACACAACAAUCAAGAUCACCACUACAAAGGAUUGAGAACGAAGUGGAGCUUCUCGGAGAUCACCUGCCAGUAGGUGGCAGCUUUAACUACGCCCACUCGGGCCACCCCAGCCCCCUGCCCCCUUCCACGCCUUUGCAGUUCCUCUCCCACGAUCCCCUGCCACAGGAGCUCUUCGGAAUGCCGUAUCCACACUUUAUGCCUCGACGCAUCACGGGUCGGCGGUACCGUUCUCAGCAAGCCGUGGCUCCGCCCCCGUAUCACCCCAGUCUCCUUCCGUACUUCCUCUCUGUUCUUCCAGUGCAGCCUACAGCCGUGGGGCCUGCUAUCAGCUUAGAGCUGGACGUAGACGAAGGAGAGGUGGAGAAUUACGAGGCUCUGUUGAACCUCGCCGAACGUCUCGGGGAAGCCAAACCACGCGGCCUGACAAAAGCUGACAUCGAGCAGCUGCCUUCCUACAGAUUCAACCCCAGCAACCACCAGUCUGAGCAAACCCUGUGUGUGGUGUGCAUGUGUGACUUCGAGUCCCGACAGCUGCUCAGAGUCCUGCCCUGCAAUCACGAAUUCCACGCCAAGUGUGUCGACAAAUGGCUUAAGGCUAACAGAACCUGCCCCAUCUGCCGAGCUGACGCCUCCGAAGUCCAGCGGGAUUCCGAGUGAUCUGAUCGUGACCCGUUUCACUCCUACCACAUCCACCACUCACUCACACACACACACACACACACACACACACACACCGUCCCACCAUCCCGGAGUCUUUCUCCAUUUCAAGACACUGGACUUCCUUUUACACACACACACAUUCAUUAUUUUAUUUUAUUUUUUCCCCAAGCAUAAAUUGAGUGAAUAGCUCCCGUUUGCAUCACGUGAUUGUUAAAACACAAACACAGAUCUCUAAUCACACAAACACACACACACACACUAACCCCAAGAAUCCAAAGACGGUUCUCUGUUGAAACGAAACACCAUCACUGCCAUUUCUCUCAUUCGUAUUCUUUAUUUCGUACGCUUUUUAUUCUUUUCAGGUGGGUACAGGGUGGCGUUUUGGGUGUGUGUGUGUGUGUGUGUGUGUGUGUGAGUACUAACAUUCCCGAGCGUGUGAAUUUAGCUUGUAAGAGGAAGUGAAUACAACAAUGUGUGCUUUUCCUUUGCGAAUAAAAAUAUUGCAUAUAAA